UAAAUACACAGCAGCAGAAGUACAGAACUAUGACUUCUAUCUCUCAGGCAAGAGCAAUGGGGAUAUGGCAAGCAAUAGCUGCAGGUCUACUUCUCCUUCUUCAACUCCUAAUAGCAAGUGCAUCUCCAGAUCUGCAAAACCCUGACUUAGAAAUACCACCAACAAACUCAACAUACCCAUUUCCUGCAUUGGAUUCAACAAUCAAUUAUUUACCACAAUGGUUUUCACAAGGAGAUGUUAGCUAUGUAUUCGCAUCAUCACAGGGAAACUACAGAUAUUUAGGCAAAAAUGGAAAGAUUACACAAGAAUUCAAGGCAAAUGAAGAAUCAAGUCAUUAUUUACUUACAUUUAGUCUUCAACCAGCUCGAACAAAUUGUGAUAAUACUACUAGUGUCACCAUAUCUGUUCCAGGCAGAUCAGUGGUUGUCUCUUUCUCAAAUAAAUUUGCAGGAGGGAAUCAAAGCUGUGUUGCAACAAUACGUCAAAACUUCUUUUUUUGGCUAUCAAUACGUAUUGUAUGGAUACGUGUAUCAAAUACGUCCAAUACGGCCAAUACCAACUGUAUAAUCCUUUUUUUCAGUUAAAAUACCAAAAGUUGGAUAAGAAGCAACAGUUGUCCAUAUAUUUCUUUAAUACUAAUAAAAGUUAGAUAUUUAUCACCAGCUGU